AUGGCGGGGACGGCGAUUUGUGGAGUCGGAUUCUGUUCAUUUUCUGAUAAUUUGUCGACAAAACUGAUUAAACGACCUAGUAAUAGUAGUAUCGCACAUGUCAAAGUAGGGAGAGUUGUGAGGUGUUUGUCUUCGUUGAAUAAAGCUGUUUCGUCUCCGCUGGAAUCAGGAGGAAAUGGAAGGAAAUGCUUAAUUGAGGAGGAGGAAGGAGGAGGAGGAGGAAAUGUUAUGAGGUUCACGAUGUCUGAUUUUAAGGUGCUUGAUCGUGUUAGCAUUGGCCUUGGUGGCCGGGCGGAUGAGGUGGUUUUGGAAGCCAUAGUGAAGGAUUCUAAUAGUCCUCUGUAUGACAAUAAAGUUGUGCUUCGGAAGCUUACCAGUACUCAAGCCAAACGUAGAGGAAAGCGAGCAUUAGAGGUAUUGAAGAAGUUGGUUCGCCGUAAGCUGAUGUACCAUUCUUAUUCCAUGCAAGUUUAUGGUUACAUUUCUUCACCUGCUAGUAGUGGCCAUGGCUCGUUUACGUUGGUCCAUGGGGAGACCUCUGUUGGAGAUUUUCUGUUUACUGGACAAUCCUUCAUUUCUCUGCAUAUGGAAGCAUAUCAUGGUAGUUUUUCUUUGAGACAUUGGCUUCAACAAUCAGAUUGGCUUCCUACCUUGGAAGCCACUCUGGCAUUGGAUGAGGAAUCCGCCAGGAGGGUGGGAGAUGACACAGUUGGAGGACCUGCUGUAUCUCGGCAGUUGCGAAUAAUACGCAUAUUGAUGAGGGAUCUCUUGAUUGGAGUGAACUACUUGCACAGUCAUGGACUUGCGCAUACAGAGUUGAGGCUGGAGAAUGUGCAUAUAAGCCCAGUGGAUAGGCAUAUUAAAGUAGGGAUACUAGGGAAUGCUGCUGACUUUUAUGAGGAUGGUCCAAAUAGUAGCACACUGGACAACAUAGACAGGCGGCAGAUGAUGAUUGGAUUUGACAUGAGGAUUUAUGAUGGCAAAAAUGGUGCUGCGGGAACUCAUGGAUCCAUUAAUUUUCAUGAAGUUCAAAUCAUUCCUCAUGAAGAACCUGAUGAAAUUGUGUUGACUUGCAUUACCUCUCUGGAUAAGCUCAAGUUGUUUCUCUUCAUUAAUUUCUACAAGGGAAACGAUCCUUCAUGUUUACGUGAAUUUUUAUUGCAAGUCCUCAGUAGGAAUUCUCCAUCUGGAAAUGUUGGACUUCAAAUACUCGAUCGGAACUGGGGUGCUGGUUGGAACCUUCUAUAUUUAUUAUUGGCAACCAAACCUUCCAAAAGAAUAAGUUGUUUGGAUGCCCUCAGGCAUCCGUUUCUGUGUGGGCCAAGAUGGCGGGUGGUGCCAUCCAUGGAUAUCAUCAGAUGGGGUCUUGGCUCAACUGCAGUUCGAAUUACAGAGGAAUACAUUUAUAGACCAACUCAGCGUAAUAGACUUUCCUAUUUUAUCGAAUUGAUGGAGAUGCUGAAUGCUAAUUCAAGGCCAGAGAACUGGUUGGAGUUGCUUCCAGGAAAAUGGCGUCUAUUAUACUGUACUGGGAGGCAAAUAGGAUUGACCCUUCGUCAGCCUUCUGCUCGUGUCUUGAUUGGUGACGUUAAUCUAACUAUAAAUAGAGCAUCGAAACUAAAUACUAGUCUUUCCUUCACUUCUGACAUUGGCUUCACGGUCAUGAUUGGUCGAGAUUGGCCUCAUGACAAAACUGGUAUAACUGGGAAAUUGGAAGUGAACUCUUUAUUCCAAUCAACAUCUGGGAGACGGUUGUAUCUUAAGGAAGAAAAGACAUCAGAAAACUUCUCCUUUGGGCAGUCAAACAAUCAAGAUUCUUUAGCCCAGAAAUUAUCAGCUAAAAAAUGGAGGAAACUUGUCCCGUUUAAGGAGUUUCCAUCGAGCCUUCCAGUGGCCAAACUUGUUUCAGCUGACAUUGAGGUAACAAUGAGUCUCGACGAUCAGCUAAAUCAAAAUAUCGUUACACCCAGCAGUAUAGUUCAAGAAAUUCGUGUGCAAGUACCUCCUGAGAUGUUUGAUUUGUCUAAGCUCGUCUGCGGAACAUACGUCGACUCCAGGCUUCUAGUCCUGCGUGGUGUCAAUGGAUCAGCUCUCUUAUUUACAAGAUCUUGUGUUGAUGAAACCUGUCGAUAA